CAUGGAAGAGUACAUCAUUCUUUAUGCCCAGUCACUGUAUCAGGCAUGUCUGUAUGAGGAAGCCUACAAAGUAACGUGCACAGUGGAAAGCCCAGAGUUUCAGGGAAAAAUCACAAAACUUCAAGCUGCAAUUAAAUAUGGUGAAGAAGAUGUGGCAGGAGCAAAAAGUUUGGUUGACCAAUGUCCAUCUGAUGACCCAGACACUGAAAUAAACCAUGGAUGUCUCCUUUACAAGGAAGGUCGUUAUGAAGAAGCUGUACAACGUUUCCUUGGAGCCCUGCAAGUCACAGGUUACAUCCCUCACUUGGCAUACAACAUAUCCCUCUGUUACUACCGCAUGAAGCAAGUUGCACCUGCCUUGAAACACAUUGAUGAGGCUGCAAGAGAAUGCCUCACAGAUAUGCCACCACGCUUGGAAGAAGAACUUGAUGCAGUUACACUACACAACCUGGCUUUGAUGAGCAUGGAAAACAAGCCUACAGAAGGUUUUGAAAAGCUUCAGUUCCUCUUGCAACAGAACCCAUUCCCACCAGAAACAUUUGGGAAUUUGCUGCUUCUGUAUUGCAAGUAUGAGUAUUAUGAUCUGGCAGCAGAUGUUUUGGCUGAAAAUGCACAUUUAACUUACAAAUAUUUGCAACCAUACUUGUAUGACUUCUUGGUGACAUUAAUGAUGCUGGAAACUUCACCUGAAGAAGCAUACCAGAAAUUUGAUGAAAUGUCAUCAAGACUGGCUGAGCAACUACGUAAGCUUACCAAACAGGUGCAAGAAGCAAGACACAAUCAUGAUGAUGAAGGUGUAAAGCGGGCUGUGAAUGAAUAUGAAGAGACAUUGGAGAAGUACAUUCCAGUGUUGAUGUCACAAGCUAAGGUUUACUGGGAUCGGGAGAAUUAUGGCCAAGUUGAAAAGAUUUUUCGAAAAUCUGUGGAGUUCUGCAAUGAUGUUGACAUUUGGAAGCUCAAUGUUGCUCAUGUGCUCUUCAUGCAGGAAACAAAGUUCAAGGAGGCCACUGGUUUCUAUGAACCCAUUGUCAAAAAGCACUAUGAAAAUAUUCUGUCUGUGUCAGCUAUUGUUUUGGCAAACCUGUGUGUUUCCUACAUCAUGACAUCCCAGACUGAUGAGGCAGAAGAACUAAUGCGCAAGAUUGAGAAAGAAGAAGAAAAUGUUUCCUAUGAUGAGCCAGACAGAAAAAUAUACCAUCUCUGCAUUGUCAACCUUGUGAUUGGAACUCUCUACUGUGCCAAGAGGAAUUAUGAGUUUGGAAUUUCUAGAGUGAUCAAGAGUCUUGAGCCAUACAACAAGAAGCUGGGGACUGAUACAUGGUUCUACGCAAAGCGCUGUUUUCUAUCACUGAUUGAAAACUUGGCAAAGCAAAUCAUCAGUGUGAAGGACAGUGUCAUACAGGAAUGCAUCCAGUUUUUGGAGCACUGUGAAGCUUAUGGAAGGAAUGUGAAGACAGUUAUUGAACAGCCCCUUGAGGAGGCACAGAUGCACCCAGGAAAGAACAGUGUCACAUAUGAAGCACGUUUGCUGAAAGCCCUUCUGCUGGAGCUUCAGGGAUGAAAAUUUUCUGAGAAUAUUCUGAUCUGGAACAGUAUCUGAUCAUGACAUGCUUGAUUAUUUUGAGAUUUACUGUGAUGAUCUCCUAGUGCAUCAAAGAGAUUUUCAUGGCAACAUUUUUUUUGUCAGCUUGAAUUUGUUCGCAUGGGUGCAAGUUUUCUAAAUAAAUCAUUGAUGUAUUCUGCAAAGGAAUA